CUCUUUUUAGUGCUUUCAUGAGAGAGAGAGAGAGAGCGAGAGAGAGAGAGAAUCAUCAAGCAAACAAGAAGGGAACACACAGGAAACAAAGGAGCGUGGGAAGACAUAAAAAUACAAAGUGGAAUCCAGAAAGAGAAAGCUCACAUCCUUCAUUAUUGUUUCUUCUACUUUUUAUGUGUAAGUUCAAACUACUUCCAUUCCUUUCCAACUCACACAAACCUUCUUUGUAUAUAGAAAGCCAAUUAGACACAUACAAACAUUAAAAUCUAAUUCAGAAAAAACCCUAGAGAGCAACCACACCAAAUGAUGCUAAGAGCCUCCAUUUCCAACACCAAGAAGUUCUUCCAAAAGACCCUAAAAAGCUUCAAGUCUUUCCUCUCUAGUGACUACCAAAGACUUCCCAAGAGCCCUCCCUUCAAUCCCUUUCCCACCCAAAGUAAUCAAGAACUAGACAAGUUCUACAUAGACUUCACCGAUAGAUGGGAUAGCGAUAACGAUAAAGCCAAGGCCAAGAAGAGAAAGAAGAAGAAGGAGAAGGAGAUGAACUUGCCGCGAGCGAACAGUGAAAAAGAAGUUUUUAGUGGGAGCUUGACGAAGAUAGCGAAGUCGGGUUCUAAAAAGAAUCGUGAAGAAGAAAUGGUGGAGGAAAAGGAUAAGAAUAAGAGACUUGGGUGUGAAGGAAAAAGGAAAGAAGAGUGCUUAACAUCAUGUUCAAAAGGUAAAAAAGAGGUAAGGACUUGUUUGGUUGCACAAAAAAUAAAAGAACUUGAAAUGGUGGACAAGAGCAAUAUAGAGCAUGUGUUGGACAUUGAAGAGGUUCUUCAUUACUACUCUAGGCUUACUUGCCCGGCCUACGUCGACAUUGUUGACAAGUUUUUCAUGGACAUGUAUGCAGAACUGUCCAGUUUGCAGGCAAUGGCUCAUGAUACUCAGGUUCAAGGCCGAUGAAUUGGAUCGGUUAAGUUGUAGAUUCUUGAGGAAAUGAAAGAAAAGAAGAGAAAAUUUGGAAUUUCCAUACAAUUGAUUGAGUUGUGUUUUUUCUCACAACUCCAAGCUCCGGCAUUCAUCUAAUUGGUCACAAGGUCAAGAUUUGGUGUGAAUUGUUCAUCUUGCUAAUGAACCCUUUUUCUUUUUGUCUUUUGUGUUUACAAUUUUAGUUUCUCAUUUAGGUUUUGAUUUGAUUACUUGUACGACUAUUUUUUCUUCUUUGUUGAUAAUUGAUUGUGUCUGCCCAUUCACUUUAUUUA